AUGAUUUCGGGCGUCCUCAUCUUCAAUCAAAAGGGCGAGAACCUCAUCUUCCGCGCCUUCCGGAACGACUGCCGCCCGCGCCUCGCCGAUGUCUUCCGCAUCCAGGUCAUCUCCAACGCCCAGGUCCGCUCGCCCAUCCUGACGCUGGGCAGCACCACCUUCAGCCAUGUCAAGCACGAAAACAUUUACCUCGUCGCCAUCACCAAGAGCAACGCGAAUGCCGCCCUGGUCUUUGAGUUCCUCUACCGCCUGAUCCAGCUCGGCAAGGGCUACUUUGGCAAGUUUGACGAGGAGGCUGUCAAGAACAACUUUGUCCUCGUCUACGAGCUGCUCGACGAAAUCAUCGACUUCGGAUAUCCCCAAAACACCGAGACCGACACGCUCAAGAUGUACAUUACCACCGAGGGCGUCAAGUCCGAGACGCGCCCCGAAGACACGUCCAAAAUCACGAUGCAGGCUACCGGUGCUCUGUCCUGGCGCAAGGCCGACGUGCGAUACCGCAAGAACGAAGCCUUUGUCGACGUCAUCGAGGAUGUCAACCUCCUCAUGUCGGCCACCGGCGCCGUCCUGCGCGCCGACGUCACCGGCCAGAUCGUCAUGCGCGCAUACCUCUCCGGCACUCCCGAGUGCAAGUUUGGCCUCAACGACCGCCUCCUGCUCGACAACGACGGGCUUCAGAGCUACCCGAGCGGCAACAAGAUGGGAACCAAGGCGACCAAGGCCGCCGCCGGCAGCGUCACCCUCGAGGACUGCCAGUUCCACCAGUGCGUCAAGUUGGGCAAGUUUGACACGGACCGCAUCAUCAGCUUCGUCCCGCCUGACGGCGAGUUCGAACUCAUGCGGUACCGCUCCACCGAGAACGUCAACUUGCCCUUCAAGGUGCACGCCAUCGUCAACGAGGUUGGCCGCACAAAGGUCGAGUACAGCAUCGGCGUCAAGGCCAACUUUGGCCCCAAGCUCUUUGCCACGAAUGUCGUCGUCAAGAUCCCCACGCCUCUCAACACGGCCAAGAUCAUCGAGCGUUGCACGCAAGGCAAGGCCAAGUACGAGCCGAGUGACAACACCAUCGUGUGGAAGAUUGGCCGCUUCACGGGCCAGAGCGAGUACGUGCUGAGUGCCGAGGCAAUCCUGACGCACAUGACCAACCAGCGAGCGUGGAGCCGGCCGCCCCUGAGCAUGAACUUUAGCCUUCUCAUGUUCACGAGCUCCGGGUUGCUGGUGCGCUACCUCAAGGUGUUUGAGAAGAGCAACUACUCCAGUGUCAAGUGGGUGCGGUACAUGACAAGGGCAGGCUCGUACGAGAUAAGGUUUUGA